AUGAAGGCCCUUGUCUUCGGACUUGCUGCCGUGUGCGCACAGGUUGGUCUGGCUGUUCCUCAUGGUCCGGGUCAACAACAACAUCAUCACCAUGUGCGCCACGCAGUCACCGAUUACUCUACCGUUACCGACAUCGUCACUGUUACCGCGCCGAAUGCUGUUGUCUGGGUCGAUCAAUACAACAACAUCAUCUCGACCGAAUACCGUGAUAUCCCGAUCGCCUCUGCUACAGCGACCAACACUCUUGUGAUUUCGACUCCGGUUCCGGUCGCUGUUGUUCCUGUCAGCAGCAACACCGUUGUCGUCCCAUCGUCUCAAACAUACAAUGUCCCAACCGCUGCUGCUUCUUCGAGCUACGAAUCCUCGGCAGUGGCAUCUUCUGUCCCAAUCUCAUCCGCUCCCGCAGCAGUUUCCAGCGUCAUCGUUCCUGAUUCCAGCAGCACGGCUGUUGUUUCUUCGGCUCCUUCCACUCAGGCCGCUAGUACCUCUGGUUCUGGUACAGGUGGUGACAAGCUCGCGCAUCAUGCCGAUGGAUCAUCUGCCGACUAUAGCGGAUUCGGCAUCUGCUACGAACUGAUUGGAGAUUCUGGUUGCAAGGACCAAACCAGCCUUAACUCGGACUUUGGAUUCCUCGCCAGCCAGGGCUUCACCAAAGUGCGCACCUACGACAUUGGCUGUGACUUGGGCGUGGUUGCUGCGGCUGCCGCAUCCCAAGGCUUGCAAUUGAUUAUCGGUCUGAACGGAAUUGGCAAUGUCGCCAGCGACCUGGCCAAGCUGGUCGGCAUGAUCAACGGCAACUGGGCCCCGAUCGACACCGUGGUGAUUGGCAACGAAGUCGUCAACGAUGGCGGUUCUGCUGCUGCUGUGGUUGCCGCACUUGCCGUUGCCCGUCCCAUUCUAGCGGCAGCAGGAUUCUCCAAGAAUGUUGUCGCCGUCGACACUUUCAUGGCCCAUCAGCAGAAUCCUUCCAUCUGUGCCAAUUCCGACUAUUGUGCAGUCAAUGCCCAUGCAUUCUUUGAUCCGAAUACCUCGGCUCCGAAUGCUGGCUCGUUCGUCAUCAACGCCGCCAGCGAAGUUGCCUCGAUCGCUGGUGGUAAACAAGUCAUUAUCACUGAGUCCGGUUGGCCAUGGCAAGGAUCUCCCGAUAGUCUCGCGAUUCCAUCGCCUGCCAACCAAGUCAGUGCCAUUGCCAGUCUGAAGACGUCUUUUAGCAGCAAUCCCGGCUCUUUGUUCCUCUUCCAGGCUUUCGACGCCACUUACAAGGCUCCUGGUCCUUUUGGUGUCGAGCAAUACUUUGGCAUUUUUGGUCAUUGA